AUGAUAGAGAACAAAUUUCAAUUAGUUAGAGAAAUUGGCUAAGGUUCGACUGGCUCAGUUUGGAUUUCCAAGAUUCCUCAGUUCUAGAAUCGACAAUUUUAGAAGAGGUUAUCUAGCUAUAGAAGUUUUAGGACCCUCUUUGAAGAAAAUAUUAUAACAUUCAAAACAUAGAAUUUCUACUCAAACAAUGCUCUAACUAGGCAUUUAACUGGGUUUGUUCACAGAGAUUUGAAGCCAGAUAAUAUUUUGCUACGAAGCUUUGAUUAUUCAUCUCCUGAAUCAUCGUUAAUAAGUUUAAUUGACUUCAGUGCAUCUCAGAGUUAUCUUUGUGAAAAUGGCUAGCAUGUCUAAAAUGAAAGAUAAUCUACAUUCAACGGUAAUUUUGUCUUUAGCAGCAUUUAUCAAAUGCUUGGCCACAGUCCUUCUAGAAAAGAUGAUCUCUUAUCAAUAUUUUAUUUGCUACUCUAUUUAAAAGAUGGUUCGCUUCCAUGGGUUAUAAAAUAAGGGGACGGAAAAAUAAAAUAGAUGUCUUUUGAUUAAGUGAGAAAGGCUAAGUAGGAUUUUCAUAGUUUAAUUAAAAUGAAGAGCCAAACCUUGGGUUAUGGACUGGAGCAAGGUAUCAUCAAAUUGGUUUAAUAGAAUGGAAGAAUUUUCAGAACAAUUUAAGUACUUUGA